UGUAAAGUGUCGUUUAUUUCACGCUGAAACAAGCCAACUCCCUGUUCAAAUAAAGUGGAUCACUAUCCCGCUAAUAGUCUCGGGUUGAAAUACGACAGGUGCUCGACAUAGGGCGGAGUAAAAGGCGUUCCCAGGAAAUUGGGUCUUUAUAAAAAGCAACCUGACGUUCCGAAUCAGCGAGGUGGCUUGACAAGUUUACUGCUGAAACUUUUCUUCGCUAAAGAAAUAACACUCGGCCGCAACAUGGGCACGUUUAUUGGUCACAUCUCACCCGGACUGGCGUUCUUUUCCUUCGGUAUGCUCUACGCCUUUAAGUUUUCUCUGAUGGUGCUCAGGGGUGAGAAGAUCCCAGCGGUAUCUCCUCCGCGGACGCCUGGAUUCAGGAGCUGUCUGAAACGGAUUCCUGUUGAGGGAGUGAUGAAGAUUGUGUACGGUACGUUGGCUGUCAUGGCAGAGUUCUUUUAUCCUCCCGGAGUCUAUAAAAUGAUCCUUUACAACAAACAGAAGCCAGAUUACCCAUUCGUCCACCCUAACGAAUGGCAACAUGCUACUAUGUACGCCUAUUUUGCUCUCAGUGGCUGGGUGGACAUCAUUAGCCAGGCUUGCCUGCCAAGACGCUUGUUCCUAUUUGAAAGCAUCGCCAUCGCAAUUCCAUUUUAUAUGGAAGCCUUGCUACUUUACAACCACAUGCACGGCAAGGAACUGGUGGAAAAUUCAGUGCAUUCGCUGCUGCUUCUCGCCUGCUUCUUCGUUUGCCUCGUCCUCACUGUAGAACUGUGGAGACCGAAUGACCCUAUUCUGUGGUUCACCAAGACAUGCCUGGUGAUGACUCAGGGAACUUGGCUCCUGCACGCCGCUUUCAUUCUUUACAAACCAUUCACAGGUAAACCCUGGAAGUCCAACGAUAUGGCCAAUCUGAUGUUCGUCACUAAUUUCUUCUGCUGGCAUAUUGCACUGAACAUACUUCUCCUCCUUAUUUUCUUCUUGCUCACUUCAUGCUGGAUCAGCCGGUGCACUCGCCAUGGUAGAAACUCAUCUUUCCAGUGGACCAAAGAAAUGUUCGUCUUUAAUCUGACAAAGGCUGAUGGUGCAGUUUCCCGAGCAGAAUAUAAUAAACUGCGGGCAGCCGAGGAGGAAACGCACUUGCUCCAAGAAUGUGACCCUUAAAUCCCGCAGGAAUAAACUCAUCUGCUGGGUGGAGUAGGGGUGUUUUGAUGCAACGAGGUCAGAGCGGAUCUGCCUCCCGUUUUCCAGAUGUCCUCCCUUUAAGUUAAAAUUCACCUCCUACUCUGUA